AUUCCUGUCGAGCAGCUACUUGCAGCAGACUGAGUACAUGUUUUAGUUUAAUACUUGGAAGACAAUGGUAAAAGGCUAUAUGUACGGUUUAUGUACUUGCAGAGAGGCUUAGGCUUGAGAUUGAAAUAUUUGACGUGUUUGUUUUUGCAACAGGAUAAACUCAAUGCAAAUGGACUGACUCCGGUUCAGGAUUUUUUUAAAGCUCAACUUUUGUUCACUGGUCCAUAGAAUGCUAACAGCAUUCAGUUUCCAAAUGCAACAAGCUUAUCUUCUGUGAGUAGUGUUGAAGUAUGACGGUAGCAACAGGCUUGGGCAAGUUUGCAUUUUAAAAAAAGUUGUUACAAAUUAUUGUUUUGCACACUAACCCUAAUGAAGAAUACUCAGGGGUGAGGAGUUUGAUUUGAACAGAUUGAAGAAAUUAUUGGCAAAGAAGCACAUGACAAAAUGUCAGUUAAUAGCAGAAAAAUCUCUGGACGUCCAUCCUAUUACUACAGACUGUUGGGAAGGUCGCGCCUUCAGAGACAACGCAGUCGAUCCAGGAGUCGCAACAGGCCAGGCAACAGGGAUUCGCCAGUGGAAAGGUCUAGCCGGAGACGCAGCAUGCCUGGGACUGCUCCGGAGGAAAACCCUCCCACAGAGUUACCCACGCCUACGCCCUUUCGAGUGACGAGCUUCCUGAGCCGUCGAUUGAAAGGCUCCAUCAAGAGGACAAAGAGCCAGCCCAAGCUCGACAGGAACAGCAGUUUCCGCCACAUUUUACCUGGAUUUAGGAGCGUGGAGAAUGAAAGAUCACGUCUGAUGCCGAGGUUGAAAGAAUCGCGGUCUCACGAGUCUUUGCUCAGUCCUAGUAGUGCGGUGGAGGCACUGGAUCUCAGUAUGGAGGAAGAAGUGACAAUUAAAUCUGUGCACAGCAGCAUCCUGGGGCAGGAUUACUGUUUUGAGGUGACAACUUCAACUGGCAGCAAAUGUUUUUCAUGCCGUUCAGUCGCAGAAAGAGAUAAGUGGAUGGAAAAUUUAAGGCGUGCAGUGCAGCCAAAUAAGGAUAACAGCAGACGAGUGGAGAAUCUGCUCAAACUGUGGAUUAUUGAAGCCAAGGAUCUGCCAGCCAAGAAGAAGUAUUUCUGUGAACUCUGCCUGGAUGACACGCUGUAUGCACGGACUACCUGCAAGCUGAAAACUGACAACGUUUUCUGGGGAGAGCACUUUGAAUUCAGUAACCUGCCCACACUCAAGAACAUUACAGUGCACUUGUACAAAGAGACCGAUAAGAAGAAAAAGAAAGAUAAGAAUAACUAUGUGGGUCUGGUGAAUAUUCCUAUUGCCACUGUGACGGGGCGACAGUUCCUGGAGAAAUGGUAUCCAGUGAGUGUGCCCAAUCCCAGCAAGGGCAAAGCAGCGGGUCCAAUGAUUCGAAUCAAAUCUCGCUACCAGAGCAUGAGCAUUCUCCCCAUGGAGCUCUACAAAGAGUUUGCUGAGUACAUCACAAAUAACUACAUGCUCCUGUGCACGGUGCUGGAGCCUGUGCUGAGCGUGAAGAGUAAGGAGGAGAUGGCUUGUGCGUUGGUACACAUUCUGCAAAGCACUGGGAAGGCUAAGGAUUUCUUGACAGAUUUGAUGAUGUCUGAAGUUGAUCGUUGUGGGGACAAUGAGCAUCUAAUUUUUCGGGAGAAUACCUUGGCGACCAAAGCAAUAGAGGAGUAUCUGAAACUGGUUGGACAGAAGUAUCUCCAGGAUGCACUUGGGGAGUUCAUCAAGGCUCUCUAUGAAUCAGAUGAAAAUUGUGAGGUGGACCCAAACAAAUGCUCAUCAGGAGACCUCUCUGAGCAUCAGAGCAACCUGAAAAUGUGCUGUGAGCUGGCGUUUUGCAAGAUCAUUAACUCUUACUGCGUAUUUCCACGAGAACUGAAGGAAGUGUUUGCAUCGUGGAGACAGGAGUGUAGCAGCCGAGGGCGACCUGACAUCAGUGAGAGACUAAUCAGUGCUUCCCUCUUCCUGCGCUUCCUCUGCCCUGCCAUCAUGUCCCCUUCUCUCUUCAACCUCCUACAGGAAUAUCCAGAUGACCGCACAGCAAGAACACUGACUCUAAUUGCCAAGGUUACCCAGAACCUAGCAAAUUUUGCCAAGUUUGGUAGCAAAGAGGAAUAUAUGUCUUUCAUGAAUCAGUUCCUUGAGCAUGAAUGGACCAACAUGCAACGAUUCCUGCUGGAAAUCUCCAACCCAGAAACCAUUUCAAAUGCAGCAGGAUUUGAAGGCUACAUUGACCUGGGCCGUGAACUCUCCACUCUACAUUCGCUGCUCUGGGAAGUGGUUUCGCAGAUGGAACAGGCAACUGCAGCAAAGCUCGGCCCCUUGCCCCGCAUCUUAAGAGACAUCAAUACAGUGCUGACCAAUCCAGGAGCUGUACCUGUGGCAUCAGCCUCCGAACCGAGUACCUCCACGCCGAAUCCCGCGAACAGCAGCCUAUCGUCAGGGCUGCAGAAGAUGGUGAUCGAUAAUGAUCUUAGUGGUUUAUUAGACUGUACAAGGUUACCUUCUCCUACCCCAGAAAACAAGGACUUGUUUUUUGUCACAAGGUCCUCUGCUGUCCAGCCAUCUCCAGCUCGCAGCUCCAGCUAUUCUGAGGCCAAUGAACCUGAUCAACAAAUUCCAAAUGGCAAUAAGAGUGUCUCAAUGGUUGACUUGCAAGACAAUCGCAGUUUGGAGAGUACAACAAACAUUCCCCCUCCGGGUGAUUACCUCAACGACAGCCAGGGAUCGAGUGGGCAGAUCCAGACAACGUGGCAGACGAGAGCACUGCAGAACGUAGCUCCGGGUGGUCCCGGCCCUGUGCACAUAGGCCGAAAGCCUGGACAAAGCGCUGGCACCCCCAACGCUGACGGUGCACCGGGAAGACCUCAGUUCUUGGCACCAUUAUCUUUCCAAAACCCAGUGUACCAGAUGGCAGCAGGAAUACCAGUCUCACCUCGUGGGGUAGCCGACUCGGGAUCGGAGUGUCACAGUUCCAUUAGCUCACAUAGUAACAACGAGGAUCUGGCCGCCAACAAGCCGCCGUUCCACGUCCACACGGGCACGGAGGACUUUGCCAGGCGCACCGGAGAAUUCACACGAAGGCAGCUUUCCCUGACCGAGAAAAUACCGCUGCCGUCAGUGCCCCGGCAGAACAGUGCUGGCCCACAGAGGCGAAUAGAUCAGCCCCCACCCGCUGCACGAGGUAGGACGCCGCCCGCCUUAUUGUACAACACCGCUCAGUAUCCCAGGCCUUCCAGCGGAGGUGUGAUGCAGUCGGCGUCAGAGUGGCCAAGCACGGGCACCAAGCUCCGACAGCAGUCGUCCUCCUCCAAAGGAGACAGUCCGGAAACAAAGCAACGUACAAUGCACAAGCAGGCCCCCUCACCUGCGAACGUCUUGUCUUCUGUGGACCGCACUGCAGCGUGGCUGAUGAACAUGAACAUGCAGUUCAUAGAUGAUGAGUCGGUGGACCCAAGCUCCAAGCACAGGGACGAUGGCAGACCUAAAGAGGAGCUGAGCCAGAUCGAGAAGUAUCAGCAGGACAUUGCCAUACUUCAGGAUAAACUGAGGGCUUCCAAUAGGAGGCUGGAGGAAUAUGAGGUUUAUUUAAAGAACCAAGAUGAACAAACACAAAAGAUGGUGCUGGAGUAUCAAGCCCGGCUGGAAGAGGGUGAGGAACGACUCCGCAGACAGCAAGAGGACAAGGAUGUGCAGAUGAAAGGCAUUAUCAGCAGAUUAAUGGCUGUGGAAGAUGAGCUGAAGAAAGAUCACGCAGAGAUGCAGGCGGCAGUAGACUCCAAGCAGAAGAUCAUUGAAGCCCAGGAGAAACGAAUUGUCUCCCUGGAUGCUGCGAACGCUCGUUUAAUGGCCGCACUGACGCAACUGAAGGAACGCUACAGCAUGCAGAGCAGGAACGGCAUCUCCCCCACCAAUCCCACCAAGCUCCAGAUCACCGAAAACGGAGAGUUCAGGAACAGCAGCAACUGCUGAUGUGCUGCCCUGUGUGUAUGAAAUGAGUCAUCCUGUAUCACGAGUGCUUUCAACACCGGCUGUGCUAAAGCACUGACGUCAGUUACAGCUAAUGGGAAAACUUUCAUCCAAAUAUCUUGUGAUUAACUUAGUGUUUUUAUAAAAAGUAUAUUUAAGGUGACUACCUGAUGUUAAAGAGAAGCAUGUUGUUACAACAAGAGUAGUGAGCCUUAGAAAGUUUUCAAGCAAAUAUCUUGCACUGGAGUGCCAUAGAAUCUGCUUAAACUAGGCGUAGGUGCUGGAUCUGAGUGUGCAAUGUGAUUUUGAAAUGAAAUAAUUGCAACCAAAAAGCAAUUCUCAGAAUAUUUUUCCAGUGCAUCUUCUAUUUGAUAACCCCUGAACCACUCUGUUUUAAGUGCUUGUACCUGCAACUUCUUGGGGCCAUUGAAGUCAACCUGGAAAGUGGAAAAAUGUGAUUGUUGCUUUGUUUACAUCAAAAUUGAGUAUACAGACAGAAGUGUAGACCAGUUUUAUAGAUUAAAAGUGCUUUGGUCCCAUUGUUAUUUCUAAAUUUACUGAUGAGUACCACUUUCUAAUUUUGACCUACCUGUGCUGUUUCUAUUCCUGUUGGGUAGGUAAGAGGAAUAAUCUGUCCCUUGCUGUUGACAGUUUGCCAGCAAUGCCUCGAUUGCACUUUUACCAUGCACACGAUGUUACCUUUUGGGAAAUACAGUUUUCCUACUUUGAAACUUUUUAUAAGAAAAUGCUUUUCUAAACAGCUGAUGGCAAAGUGGCGAUUCAUGCACAGUCUUCUGUCCAGAUUAUACCACUCAGCUCAUCUGACCCAGCGGAGCCAUCUUCUGUUUUUAGAGAAUAAUGCUUUAAGGACUUUUAACCACUACAUUAAACUUACGACAGUGAGAUGGGAGAAUGCAGAUCGCAGUGGGAUCUAUCUGUGAAAAGAUCCAUUGACUCACAAUUGGGGAAAAAACGGAAAUGCACUGCUAUGAAUCAGAGUAAGGUUCAAAAGAAGCAAUUGGAAAGCUUAUGUUCAUUGCAAGUAUGUGAAUCACUACCUAAUGGAUGCAUUUAAUCUCUGUGUAUCAUCUUGGUUAUGUUCAGUGUGACUUGAUAAGCUGAUCUUCUCUGCAUAAGUGCACCAGUGUUUUCUGAUGGUUUGGAGCAUCUUACCCUCCAUAUCCUGCUGCUCCCAUGGAAACAUGGACUUCGCCACUGCUGCUUCAAAAGAAAAUCCUGAUUUUAAAAAAAAAAACAUAUUUGCAAAUAUACUGUACUAACAGUUCUACUAAAUUUAUACCUAUGUGUGUUCAUGCGGGCAUUUAUAAAAGAAACAUGAAAGUACAACGUCCUUCCCGAUUUUACUUUGAACUGUGCAAGUCAGUUUCUGCAUCUGUGUUGUGUUAAAGCUCUCUCUAUGUAUCCGGCGUAGACUGUAUAUAGUUAACAUCUAUUUCUGGUACUGCUUGUCUCAAAGCCCCAGCACAGUGACUGCAUCUUUAACUGCUGUUUUUGUUGUUUAAAAUGUCUGAUAAAAAGCCAAUGGUGGCAAGUUAAAACCACUUUAUAUAGGCAAACAAAAUCACUGUGUGAUUGCAAUCUGUGAUUCUGUGGUUCUUCAGGCCAUUUGUUAUAUUUCCUGACUUUUCAGACUUGCAGCAUCUUGAGUUGCAUUUGUAUUUAGCUGCACUGGUGUAUGACAAGUAUCACGACUGCACCAGUGAUUUGGAUCACAAACUGGUUCUCAGUACUGAGUUAGGCCCCGCCAAGGAAUGCUACCGGUCACAGAGGCUGCAUUUGAUGUCCUGCUGCGGAAGACAUUAGCAAAACUGAGAUGGGAAAGAAAAAGAGAACUUUUUAAGUGCACUGCCAAACCACACUGUCUAUACCUGCCUGGUAUCCACCAAGCAUAACAAUUUGAAAAACGGCCUUAAAAAAUAUUUUAUUUCUUUGUAGAUUUAUACAUUUUUACUGCAGUUCAAAAAGUUUUAUAAUUUUUUUUUUUUUUUCAAUGCAAGCAGGAUAGUCCGUAGGUCUACAGGAAGCAGUGUUCACCAUUUGAAUUAAAUCGUGACCUUAAUGUUAUUUUCAUUUAUUUUAUAAACUGUGAAAGUCUUCUAGCGUAAAUAAUUUCUCUUUGUCAAAGUCAUUCCACUGGUUUUUUAAAAAAUAUUUCUCUCAGUUUAUGGUAGGGGGAUAAAAGCCAAGGUCUACUGGGACUGCAGGGUUGCUCCUCAGUUCUGGAGUUCAUCAGAGGUCCCUGAAUCACUUGUGUAUCUUAAGCUGUGAUUGCUACUGGCAUUAUCUCCAGCGCCGUAUGACACUAGAAAUAUUUCUGCAUUAAUGAUGCAGUUUUUUGUUGUCUACCUGAGGCUAUCUUUAGGAGUUGGAUCAGGGAGCCACUGGGGAUUUAUUAAUAUAUGCAGAGUCCCAGAGUACAUCAUUGCCUGCAGGGAGCUUCCACAAAUCAAAAACCAUUUAUUUGAAUGUAUUUAAGUUUGGUAAAUUAAUAUUAAAACUGCCUAUUACUCAGUGUUCCAAAACUAUGAAUAGUAUCUUUAAAAACAAUUUGCUUCAGUAUUUUAUUAUUCUGCUCAAGCCCAAAGCUAAUAUAAUUAAAGACCAAGUUUAAUUCUUCCAAGAAUAUUGGACUAAUUUAAAAACUUGUGCCAUCUGCUGUAGUGGAGACUGAAAGAGCUCCUGAGUAGCACUUUUGUGUCUUGGACAAAAACACUUUCCUAAAAAGAUGAUGCUGUUUAACCUUCUCAAGCAGAGCAUUGUCCCAAAGAUUGUGCAUAUUGUGCUUCCAGUGGCAGAUGUGUGUGUGUGCAAGUUAUUGACAAUCGUAAACAUCCCACGGCAGCCCGCCGGUUUAUUGGACUAGAGCGUUGUGAUAUUGGCUCUGCACACAAUAUUGGAAUGGAAAAAUAUACAUGAAGAUGUUACAAUAAGUACUUUUCUUACUUUAGCAAUUGAACCUAAAAGCUCUGUGACAUUGUUUUCAUCACUGAUUUUGGAGGAUCUAAAUUAAACUUGUGAUUGUCCUGUGGUGAGAUGUGUGGCCAUAGGGCUUCAUUGGCUGUGGACAAACCAGGACCUUUCCUCUGUGCUCCGUGUUGUGUGGGAAAGGCCCUGACUCCAAGUGACUGGUGCCCACUGAUACUUGUCCCUAGAAAGCUGUUGUACGUUUUAUAUCCUUACACUUUUGUAAGUAUGUUUAAAGUAUUUGCUGGAUUCACUUCAGCUUACUUAACCUGUAAUAAUGUACAGAAAAGUUGUUUGUGUUAAAAUAUGUGGCUGUGCAAUUUAUGUACAUUUGCAACUAGACUUAUUAAAGUUUUAUUUAGCUAUUUU